CGAGGCGAGGCGGUGACGGAGGCGCGUGACGCAGGAGCCGGCUGGGUACGUCCAGUGCCGGCGGGCGGAGCUCCGCCCCGUGGCUGCUCGCGCUCGCCGGCCGGCCGGCGUCUGGCUGUCAGGCGCCGCCGAGCCCGAGUCGCUGCUGCUGCUGCUGCUGCCGCCGCCGCCGCCCCCCGCCUUCCUUCCUUCCCCCGCCGGGCCCGAGGAGACACCGAGGGCGGCCAUGAAGAUCUGGAGCUCGGAGCAUGUGUUCGGACACCCUUGGGAUACAGUGAUCAAAGCUGCUAUGAGAAAGUAUCCCAACCCAAUGAAUCCGUGUGUGGUAGGAGUAGAUGUCCUCGACAGAAGCCUUGAUAACCAGGGGAGGUUGCAUAGUCACCGUCUUCUCAGCACAGAGUGGGGACUGCCAAGUAUUGUAAAAGCGAUUUUAGGAACAAGUAGAACUCUGACUUACAUUGAGGAACAUUCUGUGGUAGAUCCAGUGGAAAAAAAGAUGGAGCUUUGCUCAACUAAUAUUACUCUUACAAACUUGGUGUCUGUUGAUGAGAGACUGGUUUACACACCUCAUCCUGAAAACCCUGAAAAAACUGUGCUAACUCAAGAAGCAAUUAUUACUGUUAAAGGCAUUAGCUUGAGCAGUUAUCUGGAAAGCUUAAUGGCAAACACAAUAUCUUCUAAUGCCAGAAAGUUGUUCCGGUUCCUGUCCAUUAUUGAGCUGUCUCCUUGCCCUUGGCUGAAAGUAAGGGUCGGGAUGCCCUGGAGUGGGUGAUCAGCAAACUAAACACAGAACUGGAGGAGCUGAAGUCAACGCGUGAGGGCAUGAAACCAGCCAUGGCAGCAGCGUCAACAGAAAAAUAAGACCAAAAAUACCAAGUAACCAACAGAAAAGGUUUAGUCUGCAGACUGCUUCAUAGAUCUCCCUUCCAAGGCUGAUCUGUAUAGGUUUUAUAUAUUUAUAAGAAUACUGGAUCAGCGGAAAAGUAACCUCAUCCGUCAUCUCCACAGCAGCUCCUGUUGCCUACUGAAGAUUAAAUUGACCUCCUGCAGACGCUCUUUUAAUUUAAACAAUUUAUUUUUAACACUGGAAACAACACUUAGCACAUUUAAAACUGCCUAAAUGUGCCUUUUUGUAACAAAGAUAGAGAGUAUGUUAUAUUUACACCAUCUCGGUUUUUCGUACUCAAACUUGAAAAGAAUGCAUGUGUGGUAUUAAGGAUUUUCCAUGUGAACAUUUGUUCUGUGAAGGGCUGAUGAUAGGUACUAGAGCACUGAAUUUUGUCUGUUUUGUAAUCUGAUAGUGUCUUAUAACCAUUUAAAGGGAACUGCGUGAGUCAGAACAUGAUACUGUAGAAUUAUGUAUCUAUCUAGAGGAUCAUCCCAAAAAGCUAAAACUUGUUUGGUACUAUCUUUUCCUGUAUUGUUUAAAUGUGCUGCCUGAACAUGACACACAGCUACUUUACCUCUUAGAUGUUUUUAUCCAAACAAAGAUAAAGUUUCUAUUGAUGUUAAUAGCCCAAAACAGUUUUUUGGCGGGGAGAAGGGUAUAAUUUAUUUUCAUAUUUAUUAACUUGCUCUAGUUCCUCCCCUCCCUAUGAGGAGAGGAGUAGUAAUUCCUGGAAGGUGCUGGAAAAUACUUCCCGUAUUUAUCUCUAAGAAGGGUACUUGUAGGCUACUUGAAUGAAGAGACUGUGCUGUUCCACUGGGCCCUGCUCUUCACAUCAUGUCUUAACUGAGGGGGAGGCUGAUGCAAUAACCAGAGGAGUUGAAAUCAGAAAUAAGCUGGAAAUUUGAAAUCCAAAGGGUAAGGUCUCAAGAACAUGCAUUUUUCACGCCCUGAUGGAGAAGAACAAGAGUACAAGAAAAACAAACGGACUCUACUUUUUGAGUGCUUUCUACUAACUAUUGACUACCAGUGCAAUUGAAUGUUUUUUCAACACUUUUCCACAUUGGUACAAAAUGGUUUUAGGAUAAUUUUAAAUGAUUCUCAUAAUGUAGAAAAAUGCUGCUGAAACUGCAGAAGUUGUCUCCUAUAAAACAUGCAUUAAUUGGUAAAAUUCCUAGCCUUGCCUGAUGUUCACAACGUUUUCAUAUUUGGUCCAGGCGUAGUACAUGUUUCUUAGACAGCCCUCUGUCAGGGCAUUUAAACUUAUUUUUUGGUGUGCACACAAAGUGGAAUAAAUGUUGCAAGGAUGUUUAGUCAUUCAAGUGGCAAGCCUGUGUUUAGGAGCUGUUAAAGAGCAUGAGUAACUUCUAGAAAGCUAGAAGAGUAAAAUGUUGGUCACUGUUUUGAUCUGGUAAUUUUAAAGUGUUUGUAGCUUAAGAGAAAUUUCAGUGUUCGUAUUCUGGUUAGUUUGAAAGUGAACAUUAAUUUGGGUGUAACUAUAGUUUCACUAAAUUACAUGAUCCUAAUGAAUAAACUUAAUUUAAAAAGAUGUAUAUAUAUUAGUUGAAAGCAAUUAAAUGAGUAGCUUAUAUUUA